CGCGAGUCUGGUCGACGACGUCACGAGACAGGGUACGAAGAUACUCUGCUUGUUCAGUGGUAGCGUCCCCAUCACUUUGGCGGCGGACGAUGGGGGAGCCGGAAGCAGACGACGAGGGGGAGGGGGAUAUUCUGUUCCAGAAUUACCCCUCCGGUGUGGUGGAUUUCGCCAUGGUGGCGUGCAUCGUGUUCAUGCUCCUCGGCGUUCCCGGGAACGUCUCCACCAUCGCUGCCCUCAUCAAGUCAAAGAUCCAAAGCGCGACGGCGGUGUUCAUCAUCAACCUGAGCGUGUCGGACCUGAUGCUGUGCUGCUUCAACUUGCCCCUGGCGGCCUCCUUGUUCGGGCACCGACGCUGGUUACACGGCCACAUCCUCUGCAUCCUCUUCCCCUUCUUCCGCUAUGGCUUGGUCGCCGUCUCCCUCUUCACCGUCCUGGCCAUCACUCUCAACCGAUACGUCAUGAUCGCCCAUCCCACUCAUUAUUCCACGUUGUACGAGGGAAGGAGCCUAUUCGUGAUGGUGUCUAUGACGUGGUUGGGGCCUUUCGCGUGCCUCAUCCCAACCCUUUUCGGUCGGUGGGGAAAAUUCGGUCUGGAUAAGGAUAUCGGCAGCUGUUCCAUCCUGCCCGUCGACGAACAGAGUCCUAAGGUUCGACAUUUCUUCGGACACGCGUCGUCCGAUGAUGAGAUGAGCCCUUCCGCUACUCGUAUCUGCUUUUUGCAGGAAUUCCUGUUCGUGGUGGCGUUUGCCCUGCCGUGCUUGGUGAUCAUCGUGUGCUACGCGCGGAUCUUCUUCAUCGCCAGGACGGCAGAGCGAAACAGUCGACGACACUUGGACGCCGGCAAAAACGCGAAAUCGGAGGAGGCGAAGAAGCCGAGCGUGGCUGGAGCGGGAGCGACGUACGUGAUCGUCCAAGUCGAGGAUAGCAGUUCCCUAGCCAAGGCCACGGGGACGGACACGUCGUGCGACGACGACGACUCGGGGAUCCACUUGGGCACCGGACCCCCAAGGAGCCUGGUCCUGAGUCCGCCCCCGCUCUCUCUCCCCUCGAUCCCGUCGGCGAGUACCCCAAGCCCGGAACCCAUCGAUCGCGGGACGGCCUUCUCCCUCAGUUCCAUGAAACGGCGGGCUUCGCGGUACCGGCGCGGUUCCAUCCGCUCCGGCUUGUCUUCGAAAGACAUUCGGCUCUUGAAGAUGAUACUGACGAUCUUCAUCGCCUUCCUCGUCUGUUACCUUCCCAUCACGAUCGUAAAGGCCCUGGGAAAGGAGAAGGAUCUCCCCGUGAUCACGAUCCUCGGCUACCUUUUCAUCUACCUCACCACGUGCAUCAAUCCCCUGAUCUACGUAGCCAUGAGCUCCGAGUACCGGCUCGCUUACAAGAACCUUCUCACUUGUCGCAGUGAAACUUCCAGUAAUUAG